AUGAGCGCUGCCGGGAAUCUCAGCCGGGUGGCCGAGUUCGUCCUCACGGGGGUCUCGGACCGUCCCGAGCUCCAGAUCCCCCUCUUCUUCGUUUUCCUGGUGAUCUACGGGCUGACCGUGGUGGGCAACCUGUGCAUCGUCACCCUGGCCAGUGUGGACGCCCAGCUGCAGACCCCCAUGUACUAUUUUCUGCGGCACUUGGCCAUCAUCAACCUUAGCAACUCUACCGUCAUUGCCCCCAAAAUGCUGGUUAACUUCUGGCUUACCAAGAAAACUAUUUCUUACUACGAAUGUGCGGCCCAGCUGGGCGGGUUCUUGGUCUUCAUCGUGGCGGAGAUCUUCAUGCUGUCAGCCAUGGCCUACGACCGCUACGUGGCGAUUUGCAGCCCUCUGCGCUACCUGGCCGUGGUGUCCCCGCGCCUGUGCCGGCUGCUGGUGGCGCUCACCUACCUGCAGAGUCUGCUCACGGCGCUGACCGUCUUGUCCUGCGUGUUCUCCGUGUCCUUCUGUGCUUCUAACGUCAUCAACCACUUUUACUGCGACAACGUCCCCUUGUUGGCCUUGUCCUGUUCUGAUACCUACAUUGCAGAAACAGCAGUGUUCACUUUUUCGGGGACCAAUUUGUUUUUCUCCAUGACUAUCGUUCUAAUAUCCUACUUCAACAUUGGCCUUGCCAUUUUGAAGAUACGUUCGUCCGAGGGGCGACGCAAAGCCUUCUCCACCUGCGCCUCCCACAUGCUGGCCGUGGUCGUCUUCUAUGGCUCCCUGCUCUUCAUGUAUUUGCAACCGAGGACCAACCACUCGUUAGACACUGACAAAAUGGCCUCGAUCUUCUACACCCUGGUGAUACCCAUGCUGAACCCUCUAAUUUACAGCCUAAGGAACAAAGACGUGAAGAAUGCAUUGAAGAGAUUUCUGGCUAACCCAGGGCAAUUAAUCAAACUAAUAAAAAUUGAAAAUUAA